UUGUCAUACUUGUCAUAAUCAUUUCAUUUUCAUCAUCCUAUUAUUUUAUAUCAAUUACUUUACAACAAAAAUCAACUUUGUUGAAAAAUGGAUUUGUCAAAGGCAUCAAAUGAGAAGAAAUUAUAUCUCUGUAAAUGGUAUUUCAGAAUUGGUAUUUUCUUACUUCCUUUUGUAUGGGCAGUAAAUGCAGUAUGGUUUUUCAAUGAGGCCUUUAGGAAACCGGAAUACGAAGAACAAAAGCACAUUAAAAAAUAUGUGAUAUUUUCUGCAGUUGGAUCAGUGAUUUGGUUUACUGCACUGGUAACAUGGGUUGCUAUUUUUCAAAUCAACAGAGCCAAUUGGGGCGAGUUUGCUGACUAUAUUUCAUUUAUGAUACCUGUGGGAACACCUUGAAGACAUCGAAGAUCUCACCAUUGGCCCUUUUAUACUAAGAAUAGAACUGAACAAUUCAAAUACUAAUAAUUUUUCAGAUAAUUGUGUUUAUUUGCUCUUCAUACUAUUGAUAUUGAUUGUAUUAGCAAUCUUUGUCAACUAUUAUUGGAAAUGAAAAGUAGACAAUGUUGGACUGUGAACCAAAGAUAAUUUUAUUUACAGUUUGUUGCACAGUAACAUAAAGUACACACUUUUUUGAACUAUGGAAUUUAAAACAGUGCAUAUCAGAAUAAAACUGUUAAAUAAG